UUUUUGAAAAGCUUCACCCUUUCUUGGUAACGUAAACAGAUGAUUCUUUCACUCCUCUUUUCUCUGUUAGUGUAAUCAAUUUUUUGACUUCCUCCUUUUGGAGUGGCUGGGCUGAAUACCAGAACACAGGAUAUGCUUGCUCUCAGUUUCACAGCAACAGCAACAGCAGCAGUUGCAGCAGCAGCAGCAGCAGCAGCAUAGAGGACGACACGCUCUGCAGUCAAGAUGAGUGCUGGGGAUGUGGUCUGCUCUGGCUGGCUCAUUAAAUCUCCCCCGGAGAAAAAACUCAAGCGAUUUGCAUGGAGAAAACGUUGGUUUGUCUUGCGAAGAGGACGCAUGAGCGGUAACCCCGAUGUGUUGGAAUACUACCAAAGUAAAAGUUCCAAAAAGCCAAUCCGCACCAUUGACCUGAAAGAGUGCGAGGUGGAAAUGCUGAACGGGCAACUUGGGAUAAAGCGUGACUUGACAGAGAAGCAUCUCUUCGUGGUGAAAACCUCUGCUCGUAUGUUCUACCUGGUGGCCAAGACUGAAGAGGAGAUGAACAGCUGGAUCAGCAGCAUCAGUCACAUUUGCCAGUUUGGCAACCAUGACGAAGCAGGAAGUUCAGAAGAAGGCUUUCCUCACACUUUGACCUCACUUCAGCCGUCAAGUGACAGCUCUGACCGGGUGUCUCGGUCAAGUCAUCAGGACUCCAGUCACCCACCAGAUUAUCUUGUCCUUUCACAAUGCGGGACGGGGAGUGGAAGCACUUGUAGACAUAGCAGUUUUUCAAACUCAGAGACCUCUUUGGAGCAGAAGUCGACAGAAGAUGUUUUCAAGGACAUCGUGCCCUCCCCUCCCUGCAGUGAUUCCUCAUCAUUUCACUGCAUUUCUCAGUUUCGCCUCAGUCCAUCUCCUUUUGCACAUGGGAUGCUGAGCAACCCUCCUCUCAGCGCUCCAUGUAGUUCCCUCGCACCACCUUCCUCAUCUCCGCUGCACCUCUGUGCCAUGAGCGUCUUCCGAUUUGACAAACCGUACUCCUGUGCGUCAUUUGAGUCCGCGAAUGACAGGCAAACACCUCCUCCGCUGCCACCUAAACCGAACCAUCUGUCCGAUGAAGGCGUUCGCAGGCCGAGGGCAAUGAGUGCACGGCAUUUCCCAAAACAUGUUGCAAUGCUUUCCCGAAGGACAUCAUUGUCGAGCCUGGAUCAUUUCACGAUUGGAGAUGCUGACAGCAGAUCAACAGGGAAUAGAAGGCAGACUCUUAAUUUGAAGUCCUCUUUAAAUACCACACAGGUUCAAAGCCAGCAAGACGAGUCCUAUAUCCCCAUGGUUUCCAUAUCUUCAUGUGUUAGCACCGUUGAAGGUGAUGCUUACAUUCCCAUGAGCCCCAUCAGCAUUCCCGAUACAAACAGCAAAGCCAAGGCCUCAAAGACGAUCAGCUCCCUCAUGUGCCAACUGGGAGAAUUUCCACCUCCUCCGAUACACCGACAUCUUAAACCUUGCUUGAGGAGAGCUCGACCCCCACCUCUUGAUUUGAGAGGCCUCUCGACAAUCACUGAAUGUCCCGCUCAUCAUGCUUUGAGCAGAACAAAGACUGAUUCAUGUUUCAACUUUUCUGGAACUUAUGAAGGAAGUCUCGAGAAUGGGGACACAGAUGAAGAAGACCCAAACUGUGCCACAAUGGAGUCAAGAAAACACUUCGCCCUCAAUGUCGAAGGAGUCGUUCAACCUUGGGCAAGACGAUCAAACCUUGACUACUUGUCACUGGAUUUCAAUUCAGCUUCUCCUUCUCCUGUCCAGAAGAAGCCUCUUCUGUCUGAUGAACACCGGGUGGAUUACGUGCAGGUGGAUGAGAAGAAGACUCAGGCAUUACAAAACACCAAGAUGGAAUGGAUAGAUGUGCGACAGUCCAAAACAUAAGUGGCAAAGACCCAAUGUAAAUGUCAAACAUUGUUUUGGUUGGUCUGAUAUUCACAGAAAUAAUAUUGAAGCAAAAGCUUCAGCAGCUUGAACUUGCACUGGAAAAAUUACAGUUAAUCUGUUUCAUGAGUUCUCACUGGUCUGAAAUGUAGCAUAAUGUUUUUGUAUGUAUUUGUGAAGAAUUUCAGAAUGACCUGAAUCACACAAGGAUUUGCUGCCUAGCAUUUACUUUCAUGACUGUUCCAUUCAUCUAUUUUCUAUGAACUAACAUCCCUCGAAACUAAUUCGAGUCACUUUGGGCAGCAGUAUACACCCUGAAGUGGUUGCUAGACAAUCACAGGGCAGAUCCUGUAUAGAUAAGAUAAGACAAGUAUAGACAAGACAAAAUAAAUUCCACUCAUGUUUACUGCAUUGACAAUUUUAGAGUGUUAAAAAAGUAUGCCAGAUUUGCCCGGAGCUGUUGUGCAUGGAGGAAACAUGAGGAGAACAUGCAAACCCAGGAAGAUCUGAGCUAAGAUCUUUCACUGUGAGACAAAUGUGCUAAACACUCCACUGUCACCCUGCUCAUAAAUAUUGAAUUCCAUCAAUCCGUUGACUAUAUAGCUUCCACCUCUGUAGAUGACAACACAACAUUCCAAAAAAAAAAAAGUCUGCACACCCCUGUUCAAAUGCCAUGUUUUGUGUUACAAAAAAAACAAUUAAAAAAACAUAUUGCAACAACUCAAUUGGAUUUUAUUUAAUCUUUUUGGGAGGUAGUUAAACAACUGAGAUGUUGGUGCACAAGUGUGCAUCCACUUAUAAUUGAAAUGUCAUACAUCGGCCAAAUCAAUCGCCAGACUAACCCUAUAUAGCAUGCCUUUGACCUCAAGAGGAGACUGAAGGGAGAAACCCCCAGAAACAAACAAGAACUUAAAUAGACUGCCGUAAAGGCCUGGAAAAGAAUUUCAAAUGAAGGAUGAAACGAUCUGGUGAACCCAAUGAGUCACAGGCUUGAUGCAGUUUUUGGCUUCAAACAAGGUGCUGUGUCCUCAUUUGUGUUACAGUACACAUCUAGAUGUAAAUACCUUAAAAUAAAAUCUGGACUUCUCAAA